UUGGCCUGCGCCGCCGUGCUGCUGGCCGAGCUGCUGGAGCGAGUGGCCUUCUACGGCAUCACCUCCAACCUGGUGCUCUUCCUCAACGGGCCUCCCUACGUCUGGGAGGGGGCCCAGGCCAGCCAGGCCCUGCUGCUCUUCAUGGGCAUCACCUACCUGGUGUCGCCUUUCGGAGGCUGGUUGGCUGACGCCCUCCUGGGCAAGUUUGGCACCAUCCUGCUCAGCAUGGCGCUCUACCUGCUGGGCAUGCUGGCCUUCCCUGUCAUCGCCACACCGCACACCCGCCAGGGCCUCUGUGGGGACAUCCCCCUGUUCCCCGUAGAGAACUGCUCCUCUCCGGCAGCCAAUGCCACCAUGGCGCCUUGCUCCCAGGUGGGAGCCACCCGCUACUGUGCCACCGCCACCUUCAUCGGACUGGUCCUCGUGGGGCUGGGCGUCGGGUCAGUCAAGGCCAACAUCACCCCUUUUGGGGCAGACCAGGUCAAAGAUCGGGGUCCAGAAGCCACAAGAAGAUUUUUUAAUUGGUUUUAUUGGAGCAUUAAUUUGGGAGCUAUUCUCUCUCUGGGAGGCAUUGCAUACAUUCAACAGAAUGUGAGCUUUGUUAUUGGUUAUAGUAUCCCAACAGUUUGCAUUGGGAUUUCAUUUAUUGUCUUCCUAUGUGGUCAGAGUUUCUUCAUCACAAAACCGCCUGAUGGUAGUGCCUUCACAGACAUGUUUAAAAUUCUCGCAUAUUCUUGUUGCUCAAGAAAGAGACAUGUGGAACGUUCAACUAACAGCGAAGGCCAGGGAGUACUUCGGCAACCUCGCAAGCAAAGCCUGUUUGAGAUGGCCAAACUGUCUCAUGGGGGCCCAUUCAGAGAAGAUAAAGUAGAAGAUGUGAAAGCUCUUGUCAAGAUCAUCCCUGUCUUUUUGGCUUUAAUACCUUACUGGACAGUGUAUUUUCAAAUGCAGACAACAUAUGUAUUGCAAAGUCUCCAUCUGAAAAUUCCUGAAAUAUCAAGUGACACCAACUCUAUUCAUACGUUCCAGCAGAAAGCUCCAACACCUCCACUUCACCUGACCCAAAAAAACCCCCACCUACCUCAGCACAGCUGGAGAUACAUCUUGAAAGUGAGAAUAUGCAAUACUGUUGGAGUUACUAUGUUUCCAGCAGCCUGGUUGACUAUGUUUGAUGCAGUGCUUAUUCUGAUCCUAAUACCCUUAAAAGAUAAAUUGGUGGACCCCAUUCUAAAGAGGAAUGGCUUGCUCCCAUCCUCACUGAAGAGGAUUGCAGUUGGAAUGUUCUUUGUAAUGUGUUCUGCGUUUGCUGCAGGAAUUCUGGAAAGCAACAGACUGAAAAUUGUAAAGGUUAAAACAAUUAAUCAGACAAUUGGAAAUGUUACAUACCAUGCUGCAGAUUUGCCAAUAUGGUGGCAGAUUCCUCAAUAUGUGCUGAUUGGAUUCAGUGAAAUAUUUGCAAGUAUAGCAGGUCUAGAAUUUGCAUAUUCAGCUGCUCCCAAAUCUAUGCAGAGUGCUAUUAUGGGGCUGUUUUUUUUCUUCUCGGGGAUUGGCUCAUUUGUUGGCUCUGGAUUGUUGGCACUGGUGUCUAUUAAAGAAAUUGGCUGGAUGAGUAAUCACACAGAUUUUGGUAAUAUUAAUGGCUGCCAAUUAAACUAUUAUUUUUUUUUGCUGGCUGCUAUCCAAGGAGCAACCCUCUUGCUUUUCCUUAUUGUUUCUGUGAAAUAUGAUCAUCAAAAAUCAAAGAUGAAUGAAGCAGCUGCCAAUGGGAGGAUCUGAUAUCUGUUACAGAGCAGACUUUAUUACAGCAGCACGCAGUGAAGUGGCAGCGCACCCUGAGUCUGCGGGAUCUCAUGUUUUCUCCAGUGAGACUCUUACUAGACUUGCAUGUUACAAGAGUUCUCGCCCCUGCCCCCUUCGUGUAACGUAGGUAAGUGCCUUAUGUUGGCGGGGCGCAUUUCUUGCACUAAGUCCUGGUGGAGGACAAACACAAAUCUUGGAAGUGAAUUAACCUAGGCAUUCAAGUUGCUCUUUGUUAAUCAUGAGAUGUUUGCUUAACUCUUGAAAGUUGGGACGCUUACUCUUGGAAAUUGAGUAUAACAAGUCACAUGUGACGUGGGUUGUUCCUGACUAAAGAACUCUGCUUAGUGAAGAACAGUGGAUCUAGAAAAACAUUCAACAGUCUCAAGCCUGCACGGAGGACAUCGGAAACACAACAUUUUACAGAAGCCUCAAGUAGUGGUUACAAGAAUAAAUUUUCAAUCCUGAGAGUCAUUUUUGAGGGAGAAACAGGGACAAAUUAAACUGCAAUUAGCUCAGAUUGAAAAGAAAUGUAGUUUUAUAAUUGACCUUUCACUGGCAGUGUCUCAAGGAUUUAAGUCUAAACUUGCAGUCAAGACUAUCCAAUACUGAAGACUGCAUUAUAUGCACAGUAGCUUCUCAUAUAGCUGCUGUAAGUUUUGGUGCAAAAUAAGGACUUGUUGGGACUGAAAUGGUUUUACUUUGGAAGUGUUUUUAUUUUUGAACCUGCAUUAGAUUUAUUAGGGCAGUAUGGAAAGAUACAUCUUUUGACAAAGUAUUAUUCAGCCUAACGCUGUUACUUCCCUAAGGAAUAUUCUAAAUAUUUGCAGAAAGAAAACUGAGAUUGAAUUCUGAAAAGGUGAAUGCGCAAUAACAAUUUAGAAGCCUUUCAGCCAGUUCCUUCAGUCUUGUGUCUUACUUCUAGCUAACAUGCUACAGGGUUUGUAUCUUUCAGCAACACAUUCCUAUAGCAGAGCAAAUGGGUUUAUGUUCAGCCUCUUGAAUUUUAAUGAUUCUAAAAAUUGUACUUAAGAUUGUGCGCAGACUGGUAUGGAAGAUGCAAGGAAUUAUGCAGAAAGAAAAUAAAAACUCAACUUUUUAUGUGUUGAAUUUUUAUAUUUUCCUUUGCAUUUACGUUGUUAAAAUGUCCUUUUGUACGUGGACAU